AUGGUAUUAUCUCUCACCGCCCGUUCUGUCUCCCCGACACCCACCCCCAGCAAGAAGGCCGCAGCUGCUCUAGCUGCCUUCUCCUUCGACUCACCAACAAAGGUCUCCAAGAAGCUCUUCGUGAAGCUCACUGACGAUGAGCGUUUGCCCGAGUCACCCGACACCAUUGGUGACGACGAGGAAGUUGACGAGGAGGCUCAAUUACGAGAGCUUCGCAAGAAGUUCGUUGGAGAAGUUGAUCUUCCAGAGAGUGAGGAGCCUCUGCUCAAGGAGUCAAAGCGUCGAUUCGUGUUGUUUCCCAUACAGUACAACGAGAUUUGGCAAAUGUACAAGAAAGCCGAGGCAUCUUUCUGGACGGCUGAGGAAAUGGACCUGUCGAAGGAUCUCCAUGACUGGAAUAACCGCAUGAACGACAAUGAACGCCACUUCAUCUCCCAUGUCCUCGCUUUCUUCGCUGCCUCCGACGGUAUCGUCAACGAAAACCUGCUCGAGCGCUUUUCAAAUGAAGUUCAGGCAGCGGAGGCUCGCUGCUUCUACGGGUUCCAAAUCAUGAUGGAGAAUAUCCACUCCGAGACCUACUCCCUUCUCAUCGACUCGUACAUCAAGGACCCAGCUCAGCGCGAGUACCUCUUCGACGCCAUCGAGACAAUUCCUUGCAUCAAGCGCAAGGCGGAGUGGGCUCUCAAGUGGAUCUCGGACCAAGAGUCAACAUUCGCCGAGCGUCUGGUGGCAUUUGCGGCUGUUGAGGGCAUCUUCUUCUCCGGCUCCUUCGCGUCCAUCUUCUGGAUGAAGAAGCGAGGGCUCAUGCCCGGACUUACCUUCUCGAACGAGCUGAUCAGCCGUGACGAGGGUAUGCACACCGACUUCGCCUGCCUCCUCUUCAGCCACUUGAAACGUCGUCCCCAUCCCGAGGUCGUGAAGCAUAUCAUUGUUGAAGCUGUAAAAAUUGAGCAAGAAUUCUUGACUGAUGCACUACCUGUCAAGCUCAUCGGCAUGAACGCAGACUUGAUGUGCCAAUACAUCGAGUUCGUCGCUGACCGCCUGUUGGUUUCACUCGGUAACGAAAAGCACUAUAACAAAACCAACCCUUUCGACUUCAUGGACAUGAUCUCGCUGCAAGGCAAGACCAACUUCUUCGAGAAGCGGGUAUCGGAUUACUCAAAGGCUGGUAUCAACCACUCGAGUACAAGCGACAACACUGUGCAAUCAUCAAAGACUUUGUACGUCCUGUCUCUUCUUCUUCCACUCCGUUGCAGACCAUUUCACUAA